AUGAAGAUAGGCUCGUCAUCAUAUUUCGUUUUGGCAACUCUUAUCAUCUUUGCUCUUCUUUUCAAUCCCACAACUGCCGGUAGCGAUUCAUUGGAUGAAGACUUUCUCAUUGAUUCCUUUUUCCCUACAUUUUCCAGGGAGGAUCUCCAUCAUUAUGCAAAUGCAUCGACUAUAGAGAUGCUUGAUAGACAUGGACUCAACAUCUUGGUCGAAAAUUUUGCCUCCAUCUUUCACCUAUUUGACAAGACGGCAUCUUUGUCCCAUCAUCUUUCUGACGAAGAUAACUUUAACAUUUUAAACGAUAUUCUCGAUAGCGUGAAGAGAUCAUUUAUCAUGACCGUCAACGAGAUUCUAAAUUCACGAAAUGCUCCCGUAGGCGUGAUAACGCCAUCUUCAAUGUCCAAUUUUCUUACUAGACAAGAGGUUCACUUUAAGGAGCUCUUACAAAAGAAGACUCCACAAAAUAUUGAUCCCCAACUGUGGGAAGCAUUUUUUACUCGACUUCCGUUGGCCUUUGAUUCGGUAAAGCAACUUUAUAGAAUGGCAUUUGAAAACCUUCCGACCCCGCUGCAAUUUUCAUGGACACAACUUCAGUUUAUUUCUCCAUUUCUGGAGUUUAUCCCAUCCACCAAUUUGCUAAGCCAUUCUCAAUUCGAGUGGUUUUUACUGAUGCCUGCAAAUACAAAGAAGCUUCUACACGACUUUAUAGCAUUGGUCUUUUCAAUGGAGCGUUCACACUUGACAAAGGCGGUUUUUGACCUUAUAAAAAUGUAUGAUUGGCAAAAACUCAUGAAGCCCGACCAUGCCGAACUUUAA